AUGCUCAGUUCGGGUGAGCAUGCUCAGUGCACCCAAAGUAGGGAAACGACCAGGGACCGGACCCCCGCGCCGCAGAGAGACGCACGUGGCGGCGAGAAGCUGAGCCCGGACGGCGCCGGUGCAGGGCGGCGCCUCCAGGCCUCCUGCCCCAGCAUGGACGAGGAGCAGGCCAGAGAGCUGCUGGGGUUCCUCCACCUGGACACCCGGCCUGAUCUAAAGGGCCAGGCCACAGGCUACAUCCUGGGGCUAACGGGCAAUGGGGAGGGGCGGACGCUGCUGGCAGACAGGCCGGAUUUCCUGGAGGCUCUGCUGCUGCUGACGGGUGACCGCUCCUUGGCCGUGGUGAAGGACAGUUACCACUCGCUCAUCAACCUGUCUGUGGCCGUGGCCACCCACGAGGUCGUGGCCAAGGAGCUGCCAAUGCUGCUGCACCGCCUGCUGGACCCGGGCUAUGCCUUCGCCGACCAGGUCUGCACCCUCCUCUCCAACCUGUCCCGGGAGGAGGGCACCUGCCGCCAGGUUUUCCAGGCCAUGCAGGAGGAGGGGCUGGGGCUGGCCCGGGUGGUGGAGGCGUUCUGCACCGAAGGCUACAACAAGAAGGCAGCCCUGCACUACCUGGGCCCCCUGCUCUCCAAUCUGACUCAGCUGCCGGAGACCCGGGAGUUCCUGCUGGACAGAUCCAGGUGCGUGGUACAGAGGCUGCUGCCCUACACACAGUACGAGGCCUCCGCCAUCCGCCGAGGGGGGGUGAUCGGGACGCUCAGGAACUGCUGCUUCGAGUACAAGUACCAUGAGUGGCUGCUAGGCGCCGAGGUGGACCUGCUCCCCUUCCUCCUGCUGCCGUUGGCGGGCCCUGAGGAAUUCCCUGAAGCGGAAAUGGAAAGGCUGCCCGUGGACCUGCAGGACCUGCCGCAGGACAAGCAGCGGGAGAAGGACCCUGACAUCCGGAAGAUGCUGCUGGAGGCAGUCAUGCUGCUCACCGCCACCAAGGCCGGCCGGCAGCUGGUGAAGGAGAAGGGCACCUACCUAGUCGUGCGGGAGCUCCACCAGUGGGAGACGGAGCCCGACGUCCAGGCUGCCUGCGAGAAGCUGAUCCAGGUGCUGAUUGGGGAUGAGCCAGAGCCCGGGAUGGAGAAUCUGCUGGAGGUGAAGAUCCCCGAGGACGUGGAGGAGCGACUGCAGCAUCUGGAUCGGGAGGAGGAGUGGCAGCAAGGGCAGCAGGAGACGCAGAGCAAGGGGCCUGGGGCGCAGAUGGGAUCCUCGGGGCUGUCGAGGUGA